AUGGCGUCUGGUAAUCUGAAGGAGAAGCUGGAAUGUUCCCUUUGUCUGAACAUUUAUACCGAUCCUGUAAAUUUGAAAUGUGGACACAACUACUGCCGGGUCUGUAUUGGUCAUUGGCUGGAUACACAGGAGGAGUCUGGAGGAUAUUCCUGUCCUCAGUGUAGAGAAAAAUUCAGGAAACGUCCUGCCCUUCAGAAGAACUUUACUCUAUGCGAAAUAUUGCAGACUACAAAGAGUGACCUGGGCAAAACGGGGAUCUUCUGUACUCAGUGUUAUCACGCUCCUGUACCUGCUGUGAAAUCCUGUCUGCUGUGUGAAGCUUCUCUGUGUGACAACCACCUGAGAGUCCACAGCCAGUCACCAGAACACGUCUUAUGUGACCCCACCACUUCCCUGGAGAACAGGAAAUGCUCCGUCCAUAAGAAGAUCCUGGAGUAUUACUGCACUGAGGACUCUGCCUGUAUCUGUGUGUCCUGCAGGCUGGAUGGAGAACAUCGAGGACAUCAGGUGGAGACUCUGGAUGAGGCCUCUGAGAAGAAGAAGAAGAAACUGAGGAAUGUUCUGCAGAAACUGAUGACAGAGAGAGAGGAGAUGGAGAGAAGAGUCCAGAGUCUGGAGGAACACAGGAGGAGAGUACAAGGAGAAGCAGCCGGUGAAACAGAGAGAGUCACUGCCCUGCUCAGAGACCUCAGGAGACGUCUGGAGGACCUGGAGAAGAGAGUCCUGAGUGACAUCUCCGGGCAGGCAGAGCGGACCUCCCUCUACGUGACGGAUAUGAUCCGGGAGCUGGAAAUAAAGAAGGACGAGCUGUCCAGGAAGAUGCGUCACAUUGAGGAGCUGUGUAACCUGACGGAUCCACUGACUGUCUUACAGGAAUCAGACACAGGUGACUUGUGUGAUACUGAGGAUGGAGAUGAUGAGGACAGAGAGAGACAUGAUAGACUCCUCCAUGAUGGAGGGGGUCUGGAUGUGGCUGGGAUCUCACACACAUUACACACAGGUAUAUCUGAUAUCAUGUCUGGGGUAAAUCAAACGUCGGGGGUGUCGGGGGUUACAGACAUAUUACUGGAUGUGAACACAGCUGCUAAUAAUCUUCUUAUAUCACAUGACAGGAAAUCUGCAUCCUGGUCAGAUAUAAACCAGAAUCGUCCAGAAACUCCGGAGAGAUUUCAGUAUUAUCAGGUGUUGAGCAGUCGGAGUUUCUCCUCAGGGCGACAUUACUGGGAAGUGGAUGUCAGGGGGUCAGAGUGGUGGAAAGUCGGGAUGUGUUACCCCAGUAUAGACAGGAGAGGACGUCAUACAGUGAUUGGACAUAAUAAGAAGUCCUGGAGUUUGGAGAGGAGUAGUAAUAAGUACUCGGCGAUAUAUAACAAUAAUCAGAUCCCAUUAUCCGGCGAUGUCUCCAGUAACAGAGUCAGGAUAGAUCUGGAUUAUGAGGCCGGGCGGAUCUCCUUUUAUGAUCUGUGUGACCCGAUCCGACACCUCCACACCUUCACCACCACCUUCACUGAGCCCCUCCAUGCCGGGUUAUGGACCCGCCAUCUGAAUCCAACAUGGCCGCUGACACUCCGCAAGCUGCACCUGCCUCUUCUCCACAGGCUUUCUAUAUUCGCCUUGAGGAUCUGGAGGAUCGGAGCUGCCACAACAAUAUACGGAUUAGGAGGUCUUCCUGAAGCUACUGGAGACAGUGACUUACAUGCCACGGCCACAAGAGUCCACUUCUUCAGCCUUAAAACUGAAAUUCUGUCCAAGGCCCAAUCCCAAGGCACACUGGACUUUGAUGGCGCAACUAUAUCCUUAUUUCCAGAUCUCUCCAAACGCAGAGCUCCUCGCCCGCUGAGCAAAGCUUUACAAGGGCUUAACCAGCCGAACAAACGGGUUAAAGCCUUUCGCCAGUUCAAAUCCCUGCAUGCAGAUGUGAUCUGCUUACAGGAGACUCAUUUUAAACAAGGAUCUUCCCCAUCCUAUGAAGUUUCCGCUGACACAAAAACUAGAGGGGUUCUUAUAGCCUUCAGGAGGUCGCUCCCAUUUGUACGCAAAGACUCCAUCAAAGACCCGGAGGGGAGAUACCUGAUACUUAUGAGACUCAUGGAUUUACAUGGUCCCUUCGGGACUCGCUACUCACUGAUCCCGAAGUGUUUACUGACGCUGGCUGAAUUCUUCCACAUGAACACAUCUUCGCAAACAUCGGGGGUGUCGGGGUUUACAGACAUAUUACUGGAUGUGAGCACAGCUGCUAAUAAUCUACAUAUAUCACAUGACAGGAAAUCUGCAUCCUGGUCACCAUAUCGGAAUCGUCCAGAAACUCCAGAGAGAUUUCAGGAUUCUCAGGUGUUGAGCAGUCAGAGUUUCUCCUCAGGGCGACAUUACUGGGAAGUGGAUGUCGGGUGGUCAGGGUGGUGGAGAGUCGGGAUGUGUUACCCCAGUAUAGAGAGGAGAGGAGGUCGGUCAGGGAUUGGAGAUAAUAAGAAGUCCUGGAGUUUGGUGAGGUGGGGGAGGUGUAAUCAGUACUCAGCGAGACAUGACAGGAAGAAGAUCCGAUUACCCGGCAAAGUCUCCAGUAACAGAGUCAGGAUAGAUCUGGAUUAUGAGGCCGGGCGGAUCUCCUUUUAUGAUCUGUGUGACCCGAUCCGACUCCUCCACACCUUCACCACCACCUUCACUGAGCCCCUCCAUGCCGGGUUAUGGGUCGGGGAUGAUGGUUGUAUAAAGAUAUCUGGGGGGAAUCAGAGUGCAGACUCACUUUUGGACGGACGAGGUGGUAUCUUGCCGUCGGUUGUCAGCACGGCUCACCGGGCGGCAUCUGUGGCUGGUCUGUGUGGAAGUGAACUCCGGGCUAUAAGGCUUCUGUUGGGUCCAUGGAUGUUGGAAGCUGUAGAAGUUGCAGACUUCAUACUGCGUGAGCGAGACAUUCAGAGAGAGGACAUCAAGUUCUACGCAGACAGCAAAGUUCCUCUGGGCGACAUCUACAACCAGACAAAGCGCUUCUAUGUCUAUGUCAGCCACCGUAUAGAAAGGAUCAG